AUGGCAGCCUCAACACAGAGCGCUCUAGAGGAGCUCGAGCGCAGUCGUGCGCAGCUGCAGCAAAAUGUCGAUAAGCUGCGCAAAGCACUCUCCCACUGGACGACCUGGGAGGCUGAGUAUGAGACGCUGAAAGAAGAGAUUCAAGAAGCCGGCGAUCCCUCGCCCUCACAGAUACGUGAGAUGGCACGCGACCUCGAACUUACUCUGCUGGACCAGAAGGAAGUUGAGGAGCUGCUCUGCAAGAACUCGCCAUCGGAACGCACUGCUAACCAAGUUAUUGACAUGAUCUCUAGACGCGUUGACUAUGUUCGGACGAGUAGUGCUACUAUCGAGAAGAAUCUUGACACCGCUGAGAAGAAGCUUGCUGGCGUCGACGUCCUGUUGGAGCCAGGCAUGGACAACGAAGAGGGCGAGCCGAUGAUGGACAUCGAAGAAGAACUGGAUGAUGAGGGCAACGAAGUCUCGAGCUCUGUCAACCAGACGGGCAAGGCCGCAGCUGAGCUUGUUGAGGUUCUGCGCAAAGCUGGCAUUCAAAAGGCUGAGCUGGAGAAGAAGAAUGCAGAAGAGAAGGCUCAAGACACACCGUCUCCAACUACACCAGCUUCACACACUGUCGCCUCACUGCUCUUCCCAGAGGGCACGCGUGCCAUCGACCUCGAACAGGACGAUGUAGACUUGUCCAAUGCUAUCAUCCCGAGCGAUGAGACGCCAGAGGAAGCUGAGCUGAGGAGGCAAAUGCUGCAAUAUGGCAUGUCAGAAAUCGGGCAGAUUGUCGCCGAACUUGAUCUGGACCAGCCUACUGCGUCAUACUCGGACGAAGAAGAUGACGACGAUUAUGGCGACUAUGACACCGAAGAUGAAGAAGAGGAAGACGAGUACGGUCGCAGCACUAAGCCAGUCAUCACCGAAGACUAUCGAAAGCAGAUGAUGGAGCUCGAGAAGAAGUUGGGCGCUCGUAUGCUUGAGAACGUAGGGCCCGAGUCGGGACAGCACUCUCUUGAAGAGCACAUCGGAGACAUUCGCACGAUGCGUGUGAAGAGUGACGAUCAGUUCGACGAAUCUCUGGGCACCUCCUCGGCCACGCCAGCAACAGAUGAUACCAAAGAGCCAAAGAAGAAAGGAGUACGCUUUGCCGAUAACCUGGACAUCUCUGAGGCGCCGAAACCAGUACAGCAACCGGCUCGAGCUACCCAGGCAGUGGCAAAAUCAACCCCAACCAUGUCCGAUACCAUCGUUGAGCGGUCUGCAGUUCCUGCAACACCAGUUGAGCCUCCCAAACCUGCCAAAGUAUCCAAGUUCAAGAGUGCCCGUGCUGCAGCAAACACUGCCCCCCAGGUGCUGCCGACCCCUUCUGUACCAGAACCACCACCUGUACCAAGUGGCCCUGUUGGACGAACAAUAGCCAACACUAUAACCGAGCACGCUCCCUUGCCAUCAGAACCUCAGGCUCCUGAUGAGUUUGAUGCAGUUCUUCUGAACCGCGAGAUUCAAGCGGAGUACCACAAGGCGCGCAAUCGAUUCAUCCAGCGACAGGGUGGAUUCAAGGCUACCGAAGAGGACGAAGAGAGUCCGAUUGUCGAAGAACGAGAUGGCAAAACAAAGAAGGUGAGCCGUUUCAUGGCGGCCAGACUCAAGGCCGAGGGUAUGUAA